AUGCAUUUCUCUCUGUUCUUGUUCGCCACGUUGGGCUGUAUCGCGUCGGCCGUGGCGCAAUCCAAUAUAGCAUUUACUGCGUGGCCCAGCAGUAUCACCGCGGGGCAGCCUGUCACACUUACAUGGAAUGGUGCCACUGAUGCUCCUGUCACGAUCACCUUACGCAAGGGCCCUUCCGGGGAUCUGAAAGAUGUCCAAGUCCUUACCAACACCGCCCAGGGAGGGACCUACACGUUUACUCCCGCUGCAAGCCUUGUGAAUGGCGACGAUUAUGCUUUCCAGAUCGAGCAAGAGGGCACUGUCAACUACUCUGGUCUGAUCGCCCUUCAGGGUGGAGCCACAGCCGGGCCAGAGUCGACCAUUUUCUCGACUAUGACUGUCAGUGAUGUUGCAUCUACCGCGUCUCCAACCACAGGCACCACAACCCUCCCGGAUGCCCCUGCUCCGACAACAGGUGCAACAACAUCUGCCACAACCUUGGACAACGGCCACACAUCAACGUCUCAGACAAAGCCUACUACGACGGUACCUUCAGGGAGGAUUCACGAGAACCUCGACAAGACCAGCUUUGUUUCAUCCUCCGCCGUUGCUCAAAGCACAAGUAUUUUCGAAGGUGCGGCGUCGAAUGCGACUGUCAGCGGAAGCGCUUCGAUCCAAACAACCCCUACUUUCUGGCUGGUGGGCGUCAUGGCUUUCCUUGGGUAUCUCAAUUAG